ACGUCACACAGCCCCAGAUAGUAAAAUAGCCAUCCAAUAGACACAGAGGCAGAAAUAGGAUGGAUGUCGUGUUCAAUGUAAGCGGUCAUCGGCUCUACAAUUACGUACGCAUCGACUUUCAAUGUUGUUUUGUUUACUGUUCACUGUUGUAAAGUAAAGCUUGAGGUACAAGAUUCAUACUUGAAUAGACAAAAAUCCGAACGACCAUGCCCAGAGGAUUCCUAAAGCUGGCGACCAGGACGCUGAUUGUCUCAGCUCUGUUCGGCUGUGUGCUGUUCACGCACAGGAACAUUCUCCAGAGGUACGUCGUCGACAUCAUAGCAGACGCCACUCCACCGGUCGCGGCCAUCUUUAACCCGAGGAGCCUCAAGGAGAUUCACACCCUGACCCAGGAGGAAAGUCUCCCGUCCACGCCAACAUGUAACGGCACCGUCCACACGACAGUCAACAAAAGCUCACAGGUCCAUCCAGCAUGCCCGGACCUGCCUUCCACGCUGAUUGGAAGAAUCAAACCAACCAUGGAAAUGUACACAGCAUCUGAGCUCACCGCCAUGUUUCCUGACCUACAAAAUGGCGGCCACUACAAGCCCCGGAUGUGCACGCCCGUGGAAAAGACCGCCAUCUUGAUACCGUACAGGAACAGAUGCACCCACCUGUUCAUUCUCCUACCUGCAUUGAUCCCGAUGUUGAUCAGACAAAAUAUUGAUUUUACGAUUUACAUCAUCGAACAGACGUCGGCCGGGACUUUCAACAAAGGCAUCAUGUUUAACGCUGGCUUCCUGGAGGCCCUGAACGUGGAUAACUACGAUUGCUUCAUCCUGCAUGACGUCGACAUGAUCCCGAUAGACGACCGGAACAUGUAUAGGUGUAACAAGACGGGACCAAUACACUUCUCGUCUGCCGUCAAUAAAUUUGAUUACAAAGAUUACUAUCCAGGUUUGUUUGGGGGCGUGGUCAGCUUCACACGUGACCACUUUAAACUAAUCAACGGCGCUUCUAACAUGUACUUUGGCUGGGGCGGGGAAGAUGACGAUCUGAGAGACAGAGCGGUGCAUAAGAAAUUACCUUUACUGCGCAAGAAACUGUCGGUGGGUAUCUACGACAUGGUGACACACCAAAAGGACAAGGGAUGGGAGAUUAAUCCACAAAGACUCAAGGUGUACGCCAGCAGACGCAAGAGGCAGGACAUUGACGGCAUCAACUCCGUAAUCUACACUAAAGUCGGCGUGGACACGACGCCCCUCUACACCUGGAUCAAAGUUGCCUUCGAUAAACAACAAAUUUUAGAUACUGUCCCCAAGGACCUACGAAUGUCCUCCAACGUUGAUGGCAGCUAUUUAUACGCCAAGUUUAAAAUCAUUUAGUUUUGUAAAUACAUUUGUCACCGAAAUAUCAGUGCCUCAUUAUAAUAUCUAG